AUGACAUCACACGGGAACACCUCAGAUCUCAACCAGACUCUAAGGUCCUGCACUGAGCUACAGACCUCGGCCAGUCUGGUCUUCAUGGUCCUCCACAGUUUCCUCUUUGUGAUGGGCUUGGGUCUGAACAUCUUCUCUCUUCGUGUUCACUUUUGCUCCGGGUUUCAGCAGAGCUCCACUGUCUCUGUUUACCUCAAGAACCUCGCUGUCGCCGACUUCCUGCUGAGCCUGAGUCUGCCAAUCAGGAUCGCUCACUACGCUCUUAGCCACGCCCAUAGCCACGCCCCUUUAGUACACUGGUUUUACUGCAGCGUUGGAGCCACCUUCUUCUACCUCAACAUGUACGCCAGCAUUCUGUUCAUGGGCCACAUCGCCGCCAACAGGUAUCUGAAGAUCUUGCGUCCUCUGGCCUCUCACAGGCUGCAGACAGUUCGAGGAUCUUGGCUGGUCUCUGGUCUGACUUGGGUCCUGCUCUGGGUCUUUGCUGCAGUCUACAUGAGUGUAUCCCUCCUGGGGUCCCGUAGCCAGGCCCCCCGGCACUCCAUCAGCUGCGAUGCCACUCACAGCCCACAGGUGGCGCUGUUGUACCGCUCGCUGCACGUGCUCCUCGCUACUCUCUUCUUCUGCGUUCUGGUGGCGCUGCUCUUCUUCUACUCCUCCAUCUCACGUAGACUCUCGGCAGCUCGAGGCCUACAGCCCCAGUGCUCCAGCUCCAGAAAGUUACAGCGAGCGCAGAAGAACAUGCUCCUGCUGUGGGUGGUGUUCAGCGUGUGCUUCGUGCCGUACCACGUGGUGCGUCUUCCCUUCGCUCUCCAGGGGAGGCGCUGUUCGCCGGUGCUGUACUUCUUGAAGGAGUUGUCGGUUCUACUCUCGGUGCUGAACGUGUGUUUGGACCCUCUCAUCUACCUCCUCUUCUCCCAGAACUACAGGUCCCAGCUGGGCCUGGACCGUUUCUUGACUACUACGACUACUACUGCUAUUACU